CUUCAGCAAUCAGCACCACCUCUUCUCUUCUCUUCUCUCCUGUCCUCUCGUCCUCCCCCCAGAGCCCAGGCUCAGUUUUACCUCUCGCGGUCUCGCCUGGUCUUCGUAACACCCCGCCGCGCUGUGGAAACAUCCACGGCUACUUCCUCGCGCGGGUCAAAGCUCGCGCGCCCACGCCCAUGCCGCCACCGCCCGCGCCUCGACCCGCCACGAUUCCAGUCGUUGGAUGCAGCAUGCCCAUAUCUGAACCCAGCGUAGGGCAUGCUCCGUCGUCUGUGAACCGUCUCUAGUCGCAAACGCCACGGAUCCAGCCAGAUCCAGCUGAUGGUGAGCGCCAGUCAAGCUGGCGCGGACGGACCUUCCACCAGUGAUAUUAGGGGAACUGGAAACGGCGCCGUAGAGAAUGGCCAUGCCCUCAAGGCAAACGAGGACAAGGAAUGGAGGGGCGGCAGCAAGGAAGAGGACUGGCCCAGCACGCACAGUGCGCCGCCAGGCUUGGACGAGCACAAGCAGCAGCAAGGCCGGGUCAUCCGCUGGGAGAAGUUCCUGCCGGUGGAGACACUAAGGGUCUUGCUGGUGGAGAACGAUGACUGUACCCGACAUGUUGUCCGUGCUCUGCUCCGUAAGUGUGGCUAUGAAGUUAUCGCUGCUGAGAAUGGAUUGCAUGCAUGGCAUUAUCUUGAAGAUGUGCAAAACCGUAUUGACCUUGUAUUAACUGAGGUCGCCAUGCCUUGUCUAUCUGGCAUCGGUCUACUCAGUAAGAUCACGAGUCACAGUAUUUGCAAGGGCAUUCCUGUGAUCAUGAUGUCUAAGAAUGACUCGAUGAGUACAGUCUUUAAGUGUCUAUCAAAGGGAGCAGUUGACUUCUUAGUGAAGCCGAUACGGAAGAAUGAACUUAAGACCCUUUGGCAGCACAUAUGGAGGCGAUGCCACAGUUCCAGUGGAAGUGAAAGUGGCAUCCAUACACAAAAAUGUUCCAAACCAAAGGCUGGUGAUGAAUAUGAGAACAACAGUGGCGGCAGUCAUGAUGAUGAUGACGAUGACGAUGAUGAUGCUGACGACGACUUUAGUGUUGGGCCCAAUGCUAGGGAUGGCAGUGAUAAUGGCAGUGGCACUCAGAGUUCAUGGACGAAGCGUGCUGUGGAGAUUGAUAGUCCACAACUUGUGUCUUCUGAUCAUCUAGCAGAUUCACCUGAUAGUACCUGUGCGCAAGUAAUUCACCCCAGAUCAGAGAUAGGCAGCAAUAGGUGGUUGCCGACUGCAAAUAAAAGGAACAUCAAUAAUCAAAAAGAAAAUAAUGAUGACUCCAUGGGGAAAUACUUAGAAAUAGGCGCUCCUAGAAAUUCAAGUCUUGGGCAUCAAUCUUCUCCAAAUCAGAUGUCUGUUAAUCCAACAGAAAAACAGCAUGAGAAUCUCAUAUCCCAAAACAAGUCCGUAAACAAAAUAGUCAUCGACGAACCAACUAGUCAAACUGCCGAUUUGAUUAGUUCAAUAGCCAGAAACACAGAAUCGAAACAGGCUGCUAGAAUCACUGAUGCACCUGAUUGCUCCUCCAAGAUGGCACACGGGACUGAAAUGAAAAACGAUUCUCCCAUCAACAUGCCAUCCCAAGAGUUGGGUCUGAAGAUAUCGGAAACAGCUAGAUGUGGAACUGAAAUCCAUGAUGAACGAAGUAUUCUGAAAAGAUCAAAUCUCUCAGCAUUCACCAGGUACCAUACUCCUAUGGCUUCCGAUCAAGGUGGGGCAACAUUUCGGGGAAGCUGUUCACCUCAAGAUAACAGCUCAGAGGCUGUGAAAACGAACUCCACCUGCAAGAUGGAGUCAAAUUCAGAUGCUGCUCAAAUAAAGCAGGGCUCAAAUGGCAGUAGCAACAACAAUGACAUGGGCUCCAGUACCAAGAAUGCCAUUGCAAAGCCUUGUACAGACAGGGAGAGAGUUAUGUCACCAUCACUUGUUAAAUCGAACCAGCAGACUUCAGCAUUCCAUCCGGUGCAGCACCAAGUGUCACCAGCUGACGCGGCACGCAAGGACAAAGCUUCUGAAGAAAUUGUCAAUGCAGUGAAAGUGGGCCACUCAAGCGAGGCACAGCAAAGCUCUGUGCAGCAUCACCAUCAUGCACACUAUUACCGCCAUGUUAUUGCACAGCAACAGACAUUAAUUGACCGUGCAUCAAACGCUCGGUGUGGUUCAUCCAAUGCGUCUGAUUUACCCCUGGAAGGUCAUGCUGCUAACUAUGGUGUGAACGGGAGCAUCUCAGGCAGCAAUAAUGGAAGCAAUACGCAAAACGCAAGUAGCUCCGCUCCCAAUAUUGCAAGGCCAAACAUGGACAGUGGUGCCAUGGACAAAACAGAGGCUGGCGGUGGCAACGGUAGUGGGAGCGGGCCGAGCGGUAGUGGCAAUGACAUGGUAUGUCAGAAUCAGCUCAGCCAACGAGAAGCUGCAGUGAACAAAUUCAGGCAGAAGCGGAAAGAGAGGAACUUCGGGAAAAAGGUGCGGUACCAGAGCAGGAAGAGACUAGCCGAGCAGCGGCCACGUGUCCGUGGGCAAUUCGUCCGACAGUCUGGACAAGAAGAUGAGGCAGGCCAAGCAGAAGACAGAUGACGCGACCCUCCCUUCUGGUCCACUGUAGCGUCUGUUACUACAUAUACAUAGGUUAUUGACUCACAUUAGAGUGCUCAACAAAUAAAGACCCACCCGUAUGAUUAUUGUCCCUGGCCGGCCGACUCAAGAUGAACAUUUGUAAUAUCUAAUCUAUGUGGCCAUCCGUCGUAGUAAGUACAGUACCAUGCAUGUUACCCCUCGUUAUGGUUUGCGAUCUUCAGUUCUCUUGGAGAGAUAGAUAUGCUUAGUCUUA